AUGUCUAAUACACGCCAAAGAGUAUCAUUUAUAUCUAACAGAAGCCAAAAUAAAUUAUUGAACAUUAUGUCUGAAUCAAUUCGUUCACAAAUAUUAAAAGAUGUCAAAGAUGCAGGAAUAUUUGCAGUAAUCAUUGAUAAUACCACUAAUAUAGCCAAUUAUGAGCAGUUAACAUUUGUUUUGAGAUAUGUGAACAAUUGUGGUAGUAUUGAAGAACGUUUGGUAGCUUUGGAAACCGCAGCUGAUGGAACCGGACAAGGGUUAUUUAAAAAAUUUUGCAGUAUAACUGAAAAGUAUAAUUUAAAUUAG